UUAAAGUUGUGUUAUUUAAACCAUAAUUUUUGUGAGGAACUUUGUCAUAUUGGAUGCUUGUUUAUGGACGACCUUAAAGGCUUUCUGUCAUGUGUUGUCCUGGUAACGGUCGCCAUGGUAACGACUGUAUCCGGUUCCCACUCACAACCACGGGCAGUGGACUGUGACGCACUGAUUCGACAGGCUAACGACUACUAUUACACUGGUGCAGGGAAACCAAGGUACACGUGCCAUGAUCGUCUCUACCUGAUCCACGGACAGACCAUGCACUACAAGUGCCAGGCCAUCAAGAAAUACCUUCAACAGCAAAACGCAGAAAGUUGCAUGCGACACUGUAGCGGUCUCGUAGAAAUAAACUUCGCACCAGUGUUUCCCAACAUUUUCAAGAACAUCGGCACUGACUGCGGUGGCGUAGUUGCGGCGCCCUGUGACCCCAGGGCCCCCUACCGCCAAUUCGACGGCUCCUGUAACAACCUGGCCAACCCCAGCUGGGGAAUGUCCGAACACGAACAGAACCGCGUUGUGCCAAACGACUACGACGAUAGCACCGGUUCCCCGCGGACGGUUUCAUCAUGUGACGGCAGUCCCCUUCCAUCAGCGCGGACUGUGAGUAUCAACCUCCAUUCUACCCGGGGGUCAAUGCAAACAGAACGGAAGUACACGUACAUGAUGAUGCUCUUCUCGCAGUUCCUGUCACAUGACAUGAUUCUCACCAAGAUGUUCAAACGGACGGACGGGGAGCAGCUAUUGUGCUGUGGCGAGGAUGCUAAUGAUACUAAUUGCUUUCCUGUCCAAAUACCCCUGAACGACCCACGCUUCACACCCGGAGGUUGUAUGAGCUUCCCACGCUCCAUCGCCGCACUCGGCUGUAACAAUGUACGUCAGCAGAGGAAUUCCCAGACGUCAUACAUAGACCUGUCCCUUAUCUAUGCCCCAAAUAAGGCGACAGCGGAUACACUACGUCAAAAUGUCGGGGGUCUUAUUACCAAUGUGAACGGGAAUCUACCACCCAAUUAUGAGGACACAUCGUGCGAGUUGAAGCUGCCGUUCAAUGAAACCUCGUAUUAUUGUUCCAAGUCAGGUGACCCCCGUGUGGAUGAGCAGCCGGGCCUCUCCGCCUUACAUACAGUAUUUUUGCGCGCGCACAACGCCAUCGCUUCUGGUCUGGCGCGCGUAAACCCGCACUGGAAUGACGAGCUCUUGUAUCAGGAGUCCCGGAAGAUCCUGAUCGCCAUCUGGCAGAAUAUUGUAUGGGGAGAGUUUCUGCCUCUCCUCCUAGGCCGCCAGGCCAUGCGCGCGUACAACAUUCAUCUGUCUAAACAUCGCGUCUUUAAAGACACUUAUGACCCUAAUGUGGACGCCACCGUAAUAAAUGGAGUCGGUAGCAGCGCUUUCAGAUUGCUUGAGAAUAGUGUACAAGAGAGACUGUUUCUGGACGAGAGAGGAGAAUCCUUUGACUUGGCAACUCUAAACAUCCAAAGGGGCCGGGACCACGGAAACCCUGGUUACAAUACGUACAGACGGUACUGCGGCCUGAGUGAAGCCUUCCAUUUCGGGUCUGGGUCUGGAGGGCUUGUGGAUUUUGACCCGAAAACGGCCGCAAUACUGGCUCAAACCUACAAGUGUCCUGACGACAUCGACCUGUUCACGGCUGUUAUUGCAGAGCGGCGGGUACGCGGGGGACUGCUCGGGCCGCUGGGCACGUGCCUCGUUGCCGUUCAGUACAAGCGCUACAGGGACGGCGACCGGUUCUUCUUUGAGAGAGGAGAUCCGCUCACUGGGUUUAACCAUGACCAGUUAAAGGCAAUCCGGAAUAUAAAGCUGUCACAUAUAUUCCGUCUUCACUUGGACACUCGGCGCAUCCAGAGAAAUGUUUUCGUCGUUCCAUCACGAAGACAGCCGCCACAUCGAACGUCACUAAUGGAGCCAUCCUUUCGUCACCCGUGGUCGUUUCCGGUCGCCCUCAUAGCAACUUCCCUCAUGCCGUUACUCAUCGCCGGCACCUCCGUUUCCACGGAUUGUGAGGAUCUUUUCCGUGACGAGACUUCCGGAACCCGCGCAAACGACGGGCACGUUAAAAGCGACGUUCAGAUGCUCAUGUCACAUGGCGGCCGUAAUAUUGCCGAGUGUCCAAAUAUGCGGAAGCGUAGCAGUUUGAGCUGCAACACGAGAUGUACUGAAGACACACCGUCCUACAAAAACAAAUAUUCUGCCACCCAGUCUGGCAUUUGCAAACAACCGGAAGUGAACUGCUGCUCCAAAAGCCCCUUCCGAUCACUGGACGGGGCUUGCAACAACCUGGCACACUCGCGCUGGGGCCAAGCGGAACGAGUACAGAACAGGAUAGUGGACAACGCUUUUGAAGAUGGCGUUGGUGCUCCACGUGCCACCUCGAGCUGUUCCGGCGCGUCGCUUCCCUCACCCCGGGCAGUCAGCGUGCACCUACACACGGCGGACGCUACCAUGGAGACGGAACGCAACAACACGUACAUGCUCACCGUGCUUGGACAGUUUCUCGCGCACGACUUUGUUCUUACAAACGUGUUUGAAAGGCCCAAUGGAAAUUUCCUUGAUUGUUGUGAGGAGGAUAUAUCUAAGUAA